GGUACCGUAGCGUAUGGAACAAAUUCUAAGUGGAAAAAGAAUACCUAGGUGGGUGGUGGCGGAGGGUACGAUACCUGUAUAAUGAGAGGGAAAGUAGGUCUGACAAGUGCCCUUUGGCGCAGUAAAGUAAAAAACCAGGUUUCUCCACUGCUUGCCUCUAGGCUACGGAGAUUAUCAAUUGCGAUUUGCGAGCGAGACCUUCACCAAAAUCUGUAACCACCUUCGAUCGUACUCAUACCACUCUUCCAGGUUGUUUUUCUUCCAACUUCAACCAGAUUUCGUUUAUUCGAUUAUUCUGUCCUUCUCCAUCUGCAGCUUCCGUUCCUAUAUCCUGUUACUGUAUCCACCCAUAUCAAUUUCCCCCCUCUCCCUGGAAAUAUCCUCAAUUUUAGUCCUUCUGGAUACGCCUCAGAGAGUCAGAGUCCUUGAAUGGCUCAGAUGAGUGUCUCCUAUGAUCUUAUGAUAUCUUGAAUUCCCAAUAUUUUCACUGUCGUUCCGUGUCCCGACGGCCGUCAAAACCGCCGCCGGGGUACUGGGCCUCUGAGGUUCGCCUGCUCUUGUAUUCGCGGGGCUGAUACCUUCAGCUCUUGGUUGCAUGGGCGAUCUUCAAGCUUGGUUGCCACUGCCAGACGGCAUCUUAACCGAAGACCGCCAGUUCCCUGCCCCAUCGUCUUCUUCUUCACCCAAUCCAAACCCAUUUUCCAUUGGUGCCGGCAGCUGGUCGAGGGCCGAGCUAACGACCCAUGAGAUAGUAUGCCGAAUUCAGCCUACAGUGGUCUCUGAGGAGAGGAGAAAGGCGGUCAUUGAUUAUGUGCAGAGGCUAAUUAGAGGUUAUCUUGGAAGCGAGGUUUUUCCCUUUGGUUCAGUGCCACUGAAGACAUAUCUUCCUGAUGGAGAUAUAGAUUUGACUGCUCUCAGUUAUCAAAAUGUUGAGGAUGCUUUGGCCAAUGAUGUUCGUACUGUCCUUGAAGGAGAGGAGCAAAAUAAUGCUGCUGAAUUUGAAGUAAAGGAUGUUCAAUACAUUCAUGCAGAGGUUAAGCUCGUUAAAUGCCUUGUACAGAAUAUUGUAGUAGACAUCUCCUUCAAUCAGCUAGGAGGACUCUGUACGCUAUGCUUUCUUGAGCGGAUUGAUCAACUUAUUGGUAAAGAUCACCUCUUUAAACGCAGUAUUAUACUGAUAAAAGCUUGGUGCUAUUAUGAGAGCCGCAUUCUUGGUGCUCAUCAUGGCCUGAUUUCUACAUAUGCUUUGGAAACAUUGGUGCUGUAUAUCUUCCAUCUCUAUCACUCGUCAUUAGAUGGCCCUCUAGCAGUUCUAUAUAGAUUUUUAGACUACUUCAGCAAAUUUGAUUGGGAUAAUUACUGUAUCAGUUUAAAUGGCCCAGUCUUCUUAUCUUCUCUGCCUGAAAUAGUUGCUGAGGUACCGGAAAAUGGUAGGACUGAUUUGUUGCUUAGUAAAGAAUUCCUUAAGAAUUGUAUGGACGUGUUCUCAGUUCCUGCUAGGGGGAAUGAGACAAACUCCCGAGCAUUUCCCAAGAAGCAUCUUAACAUCAUUGAUCCAUUGAAAGAAAAUAACAACCUUGGACGCAGUGUGAGCAAAGGCAACUUUUAUCGCAUACGUAGUGCAUUUACAUAUGGGGCCCGAAAACUUGGCCGCAUCCUUUUGCUACCAGGGGAAAGUUUAGAAGUUGAACUGAAAAAGUUUUUUAUGAACACAUUGGAUAGACAUGGGAAUGGGCAGAGGCCAGAUGUGCAAGAUCCUGUCCCACAUUUUUGUGAUAAUGGAUCUGGUCUUACAUCAUCAAAAUCAGGCAUUGGGAAAAUCAGAGAGGAUAAGUCUCAUUCAGAAUCUCCAUCCAUUGAUUCUGGUGGCACAAUGGGAGAGUCAUCAUUAUGUGAACAAAUCAAUGGUGUCAGGAUAUCAGGGACAGAAAGAGAAAGUGGAACUGAAAUUGCAAAUGAACCACAAAGUUAUUCCAACAAAGUUGUUCCUGCACCAUUGGAGUUUGAACCAGGUGAUUCUGCACAUGGGCAUGCUGUUUCAGGACAUCGUCUAGAUGGGGAUGCAAAGGACCUUGCUACAUCCAGGGUUGAAGAUUCACGAAACAUAAAUGAGACGACAUCUAGCUCUGCACCUCCAAGAAAUGGGAAGGGUACUUCAUUGUUUGGAAAAGCACAAAAUGCACCUCGCCUCCACUUCUCCCAAUUAUUUCCCAGAAAUGGGAAGCCUGGAAGUGGAAAUACCAACUUUCCAAAGCCAGUGGACUCUGGAAUGCAUGAGAAGGUAUCUUCUUGGUUUCCACCAGUAGGAGCAAGCAGUUUUUAUUCACAAGACAUGGAAGAGACUUCUACGGUGGCCAGUAGUACAAUAUAUUCUUCAAGUAGUCACGAGGGUCCAACUUUUGGGUCAAUUAACAUUAUAAUGCCAAAUCAAGUUGUCUAUUCCUCAGAGGAUUUAUCUCCUGCAUAUGGAGAAAGGGACUUGACUGGCAAUGCUGGAAGUCUUGAAGCCAUGGAUACCUUGGCAGAUCUUAGUGGGGACUAUGACAGUCAUCUCUAUAGUCUCCAAUAUGCUCAACAAUGCCACGAAUAUCACGAAUAUACCUUCUGGGGCACUGUUCUGCCAAUCUCUCCAUCAUCACCUCAGCUGCAGAACAAGCAUGGGUGGGAUACUCUUCGUCGGUCAAUGCAGUUUAAGAGAAAUAUAUAUUCACAUGUGAACACAAAUGGUGUCAUCCCAGGAUCACAAUUCUACACUGUAAACUCUCCACUAUUGUCUCCUGGUGCCUUCAUAGAAGAAACAUCAAAACCGCGAGGAACUGGAACAUAUUUUCCCAAUACGAAUCAUCAUUCAUACAGGGAGAGACCCUCCCUGGCGAGGGGGAAGAAUGCAAUGGUGGUGACUCAAGGUCAGUUGCAGAGAUCCUCUCGUAACAACGGCCGAGCUAUGACACCACCAAAGAUGAAUGUGCUGGACAAAGGCAGCCAUGAGCUGUCACAAGCAGACUUCCCAGUUCUUUCAGGCCAUGGAAAGCCAGGGUCGUUGGAGUUGUUUCAGUCUGGCCACCCGACUGUGAAGAGUUCCUCACAUUCCAAUGGCUUUUCUGCCCAAACUGACAGACUUGAAUUUGGGUCUUUUGGACAUAUGUCAUUGGGUGCACACUCGGCACAAACAAGCAAGCAAUCGGACUCUGGUACCACACACAAUCAAGGGGCAAUUUCAAAUUUCCCAACUUCUGCGGCUCAGAGGAUGAGACCUGUUUUGGGUAUGCAGCAGGAGAAAAGGGUUGCAGUACAAACCUACCAUCUGAAAGAUGAAGACUUCCCCCCCUUAUCCAUCUGAAUAUGGGUUGCAAGGGGAGGAUCUAUGUAUAGAUAAGGUAGAUGAACAGACUGAACAGCAGUAAAUUCUAACAGACCAGCCCGGAGCUUGAACUUUUGCUUGCGUGCCUUGCUGUCGGCAUAUUUGAAUCAUCAGAAAAGAAAUCCUUUUCUUUUGUUUUUUUUUUUAGUGUGGUGCACAAUGCAUAUUGUACAUUCUCCUGAUUCUUUUUCUGAUCUGUAUUCCCCUUCUUCCUGGUAGCUGCUUCAUACACAGAACCUCGUUGAUGAUUUUCACUCCGGGUCGUCCUUUGCACCAUUGUUGGUGAUAGAUAAACAGAAUUUGAGUUUGGUUAUUUCUUUAGAUAGAUUUUCUUUCCCCAAGAAGCAUGUGGUUUCAUUAUUACCCUAA